CAUCCGGAGCCUGAGCCGGCUCCUCACUCACCCACAGGUGCCACCACCACCCCACAGCCAUGCUGGACGUGCCCUUCCUGCCUUUCUGCGCCUUCCUGGGAACGCUGGGACUGCUCUGCGUGGCCAUGGUGGGCAGCUGGUGCCAGCACUGGCGUGGGGGCUUUUCCCUGGAUGGCAGCUCCCGGACAUUCAACUGGCACCCGGUGCUGAUGGUGACGGGAUUGGUGGUGCUCUAUGGCGCAGCCGCCCUGGUUUACCGCAUUCCCAACACCUGGAACGGCCCCAAGCUUCCCUGGAAGGUGCUGCACAGCAGCUUGGCUUUGGGAGCGUUCGUCCUGACCGUGCUGGGGCUGGCGGCCGUGUUCCGCUUCCAUAAUUCCCAAGGGACGCCCAACAUGUACUCGCUGCACAGCUGGAUGGGGCUGGCCACUGUCCUGCUCUUCUCCUGCCAGUGGGCAGCAGGUUUUGGAGCGUUCCUGCUUCCCUGGGCUCCCGCCUGGCUCCGAGCACUCUACAAGCCCAUCCAUGUUUUCUUUGGCUCCACCAUCCUCAUGUUGUCCGUGGCUUCCUGCGCUUCGGGAAUCAACGAGAAACUUUUCUUCAGCCUAAAGAACGGGACUAUGGACUACAAGCUCCUGCCGGCUGAGGCUGUGUUUGCCAACACCAUGGGGCUCCUCAUUCUCAUUUUUGGAGUGCUGGUGGUGGCUGCUCUGGCCAGGCCCAGCUGGAAGCGUCCAGAUUCCGACUCCCCCGACUCCCGCCAGCCCCUGCUCUCUGCCGAGCGCUGAUCCCAGGGAUCUCCCAGCACUCCCAAGCUGCAUCCUUGUGCCUCCAUGUGCCAGCUCCUGCCUGGAUCCCGCUCCACGCCAAACCCCAGCGCUUCCUGGUGCCAUCCCUCAACGCUGCAGCUGGAGCUGCCGGAGCCUUGCUGGGACAAAGAGGAGCACCCGUAUCGCUCCCACUCCAGAGGAUUCGGCUCAGGGUGGAGCCACUCCGGAACUUCAUGGAUAUGGAAUAAAAUGUUGGCUUCUA